ACAGAUGAUGCUUCUCUCAGGACACAGAAGAAGAACAACAGCAGCUCCGUCCAGGAUCUCGUCUGUCAAAAUUUACGAUCUUUGCUCUGACGUCACAGUCUUCUGUCCGAGCAAACAUGGCGAACAUUCGGUGUGUCAAGGUGAGCAUGAAAUAUCUCCAUCCGAUCACUGCUGCGCGCCGCGUGUCGUUUAUCACUCAUUUACCGGGGACGUGGCGCGUUAGGCUCCGCAGACACUGUCCUCGUGGGUUUUCCGUGUCACUGUCCUCGUGUUUGUUUGCUUCCCUCGUGCAGGAGUUUCAUUGUAUGUGUGUGUGGCUGAUAAUGUUGGGAGUCAGUGAGUUCACUCUGCUGUGUCUGCUAAAGAGACCUGAGAACGGUACUGGACCGGUCCACCUGAACCACCAGAGUGAUGGAGUUUAUCGGUCACUUUAGAGCUGAUCCGGCCCUGCUCCUAGUUUCUGGACCCCUCAGUCAGAUCAGUGCCAAAUCCCUCAGACCAGGAUUAAUUCUUCUUUGUGUAAAACAGAUAAAGUUUCAGCUGUUCUCUCUGUUAUUCUUACUGCACAUCAGUAAUUUUACUCUUAAGUUUCAGGGCUGCUUGAUGUCACAUACAGGGGCUCAUCUAAACCCUUGUUGGACUGGGGUGGGGUGGCCCAGCUGGAGGAAGUUAAAGGGAUAUUCGGUGUAAAACGAAGUUAGGGUCAAACACACCGUAACACCGAGUUAGACCCCCCCUCCAGAGAUGAAUGUUGCCGACCGCUUGCUUCUCUAGUUACACCAACUUUAGUAACGACCACAGGAUAGCAACACAGAGAGCCACGCCCCCAACCAAAACGCCACUCUAUAGCCACAAAUAAUGCUCAGAACAGCACCUAACUUCAUCAACAGGACAUAUAGGGUCACAGACAUAGUACUAGACACCAAACAUCUUUUUAACUUUGACUCAUUUCUUUAGCAAAGAGACUAAACACAACUCACCUACUCUCUUCCAGCAGCCGCAAGACCUCAGGCCAGUCCAUCACGGACUACAGCGGGGUGACGCAGCUCAAGGAAGAACAUUGAUGAUCAUUUCUUUAUAAUUUCCUUGAAGUAAUAAUCAUUAUAUUAAUCACCCUAGAGGCGAAGGAGGCGGGACUUUCCCCUACCGUCCCACAAAAAAAAAAUGUCGUGGCUGUGACCCUAUAUGUCCUGUUGAUGAAGUUAGGUGCUGUUCUGAGCAUUAUUUGUGGCUACAGAGCGGCGUUUUGGUUGAGGUUUGUUUAUGGCUCCUCAGACUGCUGUGUAUUGCUAUCCUGCGGUCGUUACUAAAGUUGGUAUAACUAGAGAAGUAAGCGGUCGGCAACAUUCAUCUCUGAAGGGGGUGUCUAACUCGGUGUUAACCACAACUUAAUUUUACGUCGGAAUAUCCCUUUAAAGAAAGAAAAUGUAGGUUUCCAGUUUUAAAAAGUGUCCUUAGCCAUGAGUGUGAAUUCAUCCAUCAGUCGUGUGUUUGUGUGCGUUGACUAGGGUAUGGUUGGCCUGGUGACGGGCGGCGCAUCCGGUCUCGGUCGAGCCACCGUGGAGCGUCUAGUGCAGAAUGGAGCGUCUGCUGUGAUCCUGGACCUUCCCUCCUCUGAUGGACCAGCUCUGGCAGAGAAACUGGGAGACCGCUGUGCCUUCGCUCCUGCAGACGUGAGUCCAAAACCGAACGGACUCAGAUGAUUCCUUUAAAUGUAUUUCAUUCAUUGGAGCUGUGGUUUGUCCUCCCUCAGGUGACAUCGGAGGCAGACGUGCAGGCAGCGGUGUCCCUGGCCAAAGAGAAGUUUGGAAAGCUGGACCUCGCUGUGAACUGCGCCGGCAUCGCUGUGGCCUUUAAAACCUACAACUUCAAGAAGGACAUACCUCACAGCCUGGAGGACUUCCAGCGGGUUAUUAAUGUAAGACGGACACACAGAUGCAGGAAAAAACAUGCCGCCUGCAGCUGUCUGACUCUCCUCUGUGACCUUCCUGCAGGUGAACAUUGCAGGAACCUUUAAUGUGAUUCGUCUCGCCGUGGGUGAGAUGGGGAAGAACGAGCCCGAUGCAGACGGACACAGAGGUUGCAUCAUCAACACAGCCAGCGUAGCGGCGUUUGACGGACAGGUCAUUCAUUAAACUCCCCAAAAAUCAAAAGACCCUGAGAGGUGUUUGACGCGUUUGUUCUAACUACUGCUUUAUUACCUCUGUAGGUGGGCCAGGCGGCGUAUUCAGCUUCCAAAGGCGGCAUCGUUGGAAUGACCCUCCCCAUCGCACGAGACCUGGCGCCCAUGGGCAUCAGGGUCUUAACCAUAGCACCUGGUUGGUCCACAUGCUUAAAUAGUAAAAACUGUAUGAGGAGAGUCUAAAAAUAGGAAUAGUUGGAUUAAAGGACAGUUUCCCACUUUGCUUUAGUCCACCUUAAACGGACUCAGAGGAGUGAAAAGUUUUUUAAAUUUUUUUUAGCAUCACAACUUUUUAUACUCAACAAUAUUUUAUUAGUGUAAUACAAAUCAUACAAAGGAAACACAUCACAAACACCCCCUUUCCCUCCAAACUCUGUCUACUGCUGGAUAAUCCUAUUACUGUGCUUCAAUAACAAAUUCUGGAGCUAAAACAAGAGUAUUAAAAAAUAAAAAAAAACAAGUAAGUGCUGGAAUUCAGGUUUUGUAGAUCUUGAAAAUUUAAGAUGUUGAGAAAUAAAAAGUAAAAAGAGAAUAAGUUAAAUGAACUUCUGUAUGUUAAGAGAAAAACAAAUGUAGACAAGUCGCUGAGAACUAAAAAAGUCCAUAACAGAGAGAAGAAUUUAAAUUGUGUGAUUAUAAAGACAGAUAUAUAUUUUUAUAAAAGAAAACAACUGCUGAUUCAAAAUGAUGAGAGUUUCUGAAUGUGGUCGAGAAAAGGUUGCAUCACAACUUUGUUUUUUUUUUGUUGUUGCUUUUUUGUUAAUCUUUAGGAAACGCAUUACAUUACAUUUUCGAAAUGAGCUUUUUUUUUUUUAUUAAACAUUAUUUUAAAGUUUAAACAUCUUAUUUCUUGAUUUUGUAUUUUAUUAUAAUGAAAUACUGAGUCUAAGUUUUUUUCUUCACUUCUAACUUUUCUUUUAACUUUUAUUCUUUACUGAAAAAAGUUUUUAUAAAAGUUGCACUUGAUCGUGUUGUUAAUUAUUGUGACUUUGCUGUAUUUGUGUUUCAAACGAUCGACCUGCAUCUGUGAAUAAUUCUGAUUUCCUGUCCCCCCUGCAGGUCUGUUCUCCACUCCCCUCCUGGCCAGUCUUCCAGAGAAGGUCCGCUCCUUCCUCGCCCGUCAGGUGCCCUUCCCAUCGCGCUUGGGAGACCCGGCAGAGUUCGCCCACCUGGUGACGUCGCUGGCUGAGAACCCAAUGAUUAACGGCGAGGUCAUCAGAUUGGACGGAGCCAUUCGCAUGCAGCCCUGAGACUGAUGGUUUGUGUGUGUGUGUGUGUGUGUGUGUUUUUGGCCACGGUAACAAAAGUGUCAUUCAUGAACUGCGUCAACAAGGAGAACACUUUGAUGACUGAGUGUUUGUGUGCGGCUGUGUAUUGUAUUAAUGUCGUAGAGAGCUGCAGACGGUAAAUAUAUGAACACUGUAAUCACAAACAUGAAACUUCUGUAAGAAUGUGAAAACCAGACUGUAACACAUUCAGAGAAUUGCAGUAACUUUUGCACUCCACUUAGGUUGUUUUGUAACUAAUCCAGAUUAUAAUAAACCUGAUGGAUUUGGUUAAACGCUCUUUCAAGUC